GUCGAAAAAACGACUGACUACCCUUCGGCUGAGUACUCCCUGGUGGAGGAUGUAGCCCUCCACUUCACGUGUUUGAUGGACAGACUGAACGAGCAGCGCCUCUUUCAGCCGGACCUGUGCGACGUGGACAUUGUGCUGGUGCAGCACAAGAGCAUCUUCCCGGCGCACAAGGGGGUCCUGGCAGCCUACAGCCAGUUCUUCCACUCUCUCUUCACCCAAAACAAGCAGCUGCAGCGUGUGGAGCUCUCUCUGGAGGCCCUCACCUCACAGGGCCUCCAGCAGAUCCUUAACUUCAUCUACACCUCCAAGCUCCUCGUCAACUCCUGCAAUGUGCAGGACGUGCUGAACGCGGCCGCCGUGCUGCAGAUGAACAACAUCGCCUCCUCCUGCCAGGACCUCCUCGACACCCGCUCGCUCAGCCUGGCCGCCGACAUGGCCCUGCCCGCCGAGGGCUGUGCCGGACCCCCGCCCUACUACUGCGAGAUCAAGCAGGAGGUGGACAUCCCCCAUCCCAAGAUCUACGCCCGGGAGGGCAACGACCCGUACUCGGUGCGGGUGGAGGAUGGAGCAGGCGGUGGGACGCUCCCGCCAGGUCCAGCCAAGCAGUACUACAAGGAGGAGAAGGAUGGUGGUCCGGGUGCCGUCUGUAAGAUGGAGGGUGAGGAGUCUGAGGAGGACCUGGACAGCCAAGCCUCCUACAACCGGGAGCAGAUCAUUGUGGAGGUGAACCUCAACAACCAGACCCUCAAUGUCUCCAAGGGCACGGAGGGGAAGGGGGCCGCCAGCGAGGCGGCCGUGAUGGGGCGGCCUGACGGUGAUGGGUGCGACACAGAGGAGGAUGGGGAGGAGGAGAAUGAGGAAGGGGAGGAGGAGGAGGAAGAGGAAGAGGACGCGGAGGUGGGCGAGGAGGAAGAGGAGGAGCACAGCGAAGAGGAAGACCUGGAGGAGACAACGGAAGAAGAGGACGAUGACGAUGACGAUGAAGACGCGUCAGAGGUGAAAAGGGAAAAGGGUGGGCAGCCACGCAGAGGCAGCCGGGCAUCCAAAGCCACCAAACCUGCCAUGGCAACCAGGUCCCAGGAGAUGGCCAAGGUGGAAGAGGAGGAGGAGGAAGAAGAGGAAGGCCAGCGAGGGAGGAAGAGGAAGAAGGAGCAGGACGGUUUGGGCCAAAAGGUGAAGCUGGAAGAGAAGCAGCACUACCCAUGCAAGAAGUGCCCCCGGGUCUUCAACAACCGCUGGUACCUGGAGAAGCACAUGAAUGUCACGCACAGCCGCAUGCAGAUCUGCGACAAGUGCGGCAAACGCUUCCUGCUCGAGAGCGAGCUGCUGCUGCACCACCAGACCGACUGCGAGAAGAACAUCCAGUGCGUGACGUGCGGGAAGGGGUUCAAGAAGCUGUGGUCCCUCCACGAACACAACAAGAUUGUCCACGGCUAUGCCGAGAAGAAGUUCUCCUGCGAGAUCUGCGAGAAGAAGUUCUACACCAUGGCCCACGUGCGCAAACACAUGGUUGCUCACACCAAGGACAUGCCGUUCACCUGCGAGACCUGCGGCAAGUCCUUCAAGCGCAGCAUGUCCCUCAAGGUCCAUUCGCUCCAGCACUCUGGGGAAAAGCCUUUUAAGUGUGAGGUAAGAUCCCAUCGCUUCCAGUACAAGUACCAGCUGCGCUCCCACAUGAGCAUCCACAUCGGCCACAAGCAGUUCAUGUGUCAGUGGUGCGGCAAGGACUUCAACAUGAAGCAGUAUUUUGACGAGCACAUGAAGACGCACACGGGGGAGAAGCCCUACAUCUGCGAGAUCUGCGGGAAGAGCUUCACCAGUCGCCCCAACAUGAAGCGGCAUCGCCGGACCCACACCCUCCCUCCUCCUCCUCACCUACCGCCGCCCCCUCCCCUGUUUCCCGCGGGGAGGAUAAAUUCGAACAACAACUAG